UGAUCUGGUAACGCUGCACAUUAGUAAUUUGACAUUAUAAUGUAACACAUGAAGUUUGUUAUUUGUGCUGUGAAGUUGGAUACAGUUACAUGUAUUUAUAUGGUAAUUUGUUAUUUGUAGUGAAAUGAUAUAUAAUGUUUAUAAAAAACAAAAAUAUUUAAAAAAACAAUUAAAUUGUGCAACUUGGUGAAACAUUUGUUAUUAUAAACGGAUUAUACAUACGCUAUUUAAUACGCAGUUAAAAUGCCAUGCUGGUACUAUGAAAAAAAAGAAUUACGGAAUACUCCAUCCGUUCAGGAUGGGAUUGAUUAUGAAACGGAGUGCAGAUAUAGAAAAGAAGGUGCUCGUUUUAUAAUAGACACAGGCACAAAAAUGGAUUUAGGAUAUAAUACAAUGGCAACGGGUGUUGUUUAUUUUCAUAGAUUCUAUAUGUUUCAUUCGUUUAAAAAUUUUCCAAGAUAUGUUACUGCAUGCUGCUGUUUAUUAUUAGCUGGUAAAGUAGAAGAGACACCAAAAAAAUGUAAGGAUAUUAUAAGAACAGCAAAAACUUUAUUAACUGAACAAAAAUUUAUGACAUUUGGAGAAGAUCCUAAGGAAGAAGUAAUGACUAUAGAAAGGAUAUUAUUGCAGACAAUUAAAUUUGACUUGCAAGUAGAGCAUCCAUAUAGUUACCUGUUGAAAUAUGCAAAAUGUCUUAAAGGUGACAAGAAUAAAUUACAAAAAAUGGUUCAGAUGGCUUGGACAUUUGUCAAUGAUAGUUUAUGUACAACAUUAUCUCUCCAAUGGGAACCAGAAAUAAUAGCAGUUGCUCUCAUGUACUUAGCAGGAAAAUUAAGCAAAUUUGAAGUAUUAGAUUGGAAUGGAAGACAACCCAAACAUUUACGUUGGUGGGAUAUGUUUGUUGAGGAUGUAACUAUGGAUCUUUUAGAAGAUAUUUGUCAUCAAGUAUUAGAUUUAUAUUCUCAAGCAAAUAAUACCAAACCCCCUGAUUCUCCGCCUGUAAUACCAUCUAAUGAACAAAAUAGAGAGAGAACUGCUCCACCUCCUAUAGUAGACUCUGCAUCAAAUACACCAAAUGUGACUCCUGGAAAAGCCUCUAAAAUCGAAGUAACUACAGUUGCUGCAAAUGGUUGUACAGCUGCAGAUACUACAGAUGGUAUCAAACCCGUAGAUGCACCGACACAUUUUCCAACAUAUCCUACAAAUUUUGCUCCAGGCAGUACAACUUAUCCACCAGUAUUUCCACCAGCAAAUGUUUCUGUACCUCCUCCUCCUGUAAAUACUAUAAAUCAUAUUGUGCCAACAAUGCACCAUAUUAAUUCAUCUACCCCUAUUCGGCCUACACCUCCUGGUCCGAAUGCAGCUCAACCAUUUCAGCCUUAUCCUUAUCCAACGAAUGCAUCGUAUUUUGCACCUAAUGCUUUGGUACCACCUGCUACUACUCAACGUACCUAUUAUCCACCACAACCUUAACAUAUAAUUACUAUUUAUUAAUUAAAAAUUACUUUAUUAAUUAAAAAAUAUUUUAUAAUUUAUGUUAGAGUUGUAGAUAUCAUAAUAAUUUAGUUCUUAUAAAUAUUGUAAAUAUAGCAGUAUUAUUGCUACUAUUUCUAUAUACUUUUCAAAUUUUACGUUUAAUAUAAAUUUAUAUGUUUAUAGGAAUAAACGAUUUAUGGGAAUUCCUUUGAGAAAAUGAAAAUGAUAAAUCAAUAUUUUAUAUGUAAAGAUUUCCUUUAUUAAAAAAGCUCUUCCCAAUAAAUGUAAUAUUGUGUAGAUCUUGAUUACUUAUUUCUGCGAAUAUUUCGAUAAGGGGUUCUGCAGCUAAGGAAUCUAACACGAAACUGUCUGUAUAUAAAACAUAAAGAACAGACUGGUAUUCCAUCAUUUGAGCAAAAGAUAAAACUAAAAAUAAAUACAUAUUUUGUUAUUAUUAAUUAUAAUAUUAAUUUUUUAUUUGUAAUAAAAUUAGUUACUAACUUCCUGCCGCAACUCCAUAUAUAAUAUUUGGCUUUUCUAAGAUUUCUUUGUGUGACUUGCACAGAUCACUUGCAUUCUUUGUAUAUAAGCAUCGUAGAAAAGAAGGUACAUUUGGUAUGUUUGCACUUUUAUAUUGUGAUACGUGUCUCCAAGUUAUUAAAUAUAUACUUUUUGAAAUGGACAAAAUGUCGCUUAUCUAAAGAAACCAAUAACAUUUAAUAUUGUAUAAAAAUAAUUUAAGAUAAAAAUGUAAGAAACAUAUUGAACACUAACCUUUAUUACAAAUUCACCUGCAAGUUUUGUAUCGAAAUUGCGUGCUAUAAUACAGACAUAAAGAUCUUCAUUAACUUGAUAUAUUACGGCAAGUUCCUUAUUACACUCAUCUUGAAUAGUACAUAUUUUUUUAGCAUCAUGACAUAAACCCUCUUUUAAGAAAUCUGAAAUAAAGAUUCCAUAUAAAAGAAUGAUGGAAUAUCACGCUAGAAUAAUUUCAUAUCCAAUAAUAUGAAAAAUAUUAAUAUACACUUUUCAUGUCAGUACCAAUUAUUAUUUCCCCUUCUACUAGUAUAAGCUUCUUCAUAGAUAUAGGUUUAUCCUUUAGCCAAUUAAUAUUAAUUUGCCUGAAAGUAAAAUUGAGUUUAUAAAUGAAAAACAAAAAAGAAGAAAUUUUUUUAAGGUUAUGUUAUUGAUAAGAUAAACAACUUACAGUUCUUGCAAUUCAUCAGUUAAUUCCUCUCCCUCAUUUUCAUCCCAAAAUGCCCGAGAUGAUGGGAAUACAACCUCUCCAAAAUAAGUAGCCAUUUUUUAACGUUUAAUAAUUUGUUCACUCGAAAAUACCGUCUUCACACAAUGACUCGCAAUUCAUGUGGAGUAUUUCACCAUUUGCUACACAUACAUAUGCAUGUUUACUACAUUCAAGUCACAUGAUACUCCUCUUGAGUUUUAUUAAAAAUUAUUUAUUAAAGAUCAUUAUACACACGUCUCUAAUAUAAAAAAGUAUAAAAUUCCUUAUUGUGUUGUAAUAUGACACGUUAUGUAUCAUUACAUAAAUCUACAUCACAUUCAUCUAUAACUAAUUUCUACAAAUUUUAUUCAAAUAUUUUAAAAUUUUUUGUUCAUAAUAAGCUUGAAAUAACAUUGUAUUAAUAACCUUCAAGCUUAUAUCAAUGUAAUAUAAUUAAUAAACUUAAAUGCGAUAUGAUUUUUUUGAGAUUCCAACUUUUUUGAUUACAGCUUUUCUGUAACUACUUAAUAUCUAUACAUAUACAUAUACAUAUCAUAUAUAUAUAUACAUGUAUUCUUCUUAAGUUUAAUAUAUAUACUAUAAAAUAUGAGAUUAUUAUAAAGAUUUGUUUUAUACAAUAACAAACAUUGUAUAUAGAUGUCAUGCAAAACUCUCUUGAGAUCUCAAAAUGAAACAUACUAAUAAAUUUUAGUACUAUAAAUUAUUUUUCAUAUGUUACAAUAAAAAAAUAUUUAAAAUACGCGAUCUAUAAUCAUAUAUUUUACUCUCGAGCAAUAUUGUUCCCAGGCAUAACCAUAACGCAAUUUACAACGUCUAUUGUCUCGUAUUGCACGAUGCAUUAACACUAUAGUGCAACAUAAUGGAGCAUAAUAAGGUAAAAUUUCAUUUGUCAUACUCAAACAAGAUACAGACCAUUGCAUUAUAAUAUCACCCAAAUAAUUGGGAUGUCUUACAUAUCCCCAAAGACCAGAUACUAUUAAUUUUUUUCCACGUGAUGUCGAAAUCGUUGUUAAAUCUGUAAAAUAAAAAGCUUAUGUGUAAAACACUUGUAUCCUCUCAUAUCUUUAUAGAUAUAUAGCUAUUUGACAUACGAUCUAAUGCAGAAGAUAAUGGAUUUUUUCUAAAUUCAUCCUUCUGAGAAUUACUAAUUCUGUAUAUAAUGUAUCCGAUAAUAAAACUUAGGAUAGGUAUUAUGAAGAAAUAGUUUAUUUGUGUUCUGUGAAGAUAAGAAAAGAAAGUUGAAAAUAUUUUGUAUGUAUCAUUAUUAUAUCAUGAUAACAUUUAUGAAUUACCUUCUAAACAACAUGUAUCUAGAUAAAAUAGUUGGUAGAAAAGGAUAGAGUAAAUGACCGACGCACAGCAUAUAUCCAGUACCUUCGUACAUAAUUUCAAAGGAUGUCAAAACAGUUGAUUCGUACAUUAACAUAUCCAUACUAUAAAAUAUUUGUAAAGAGGAUACUAAUAAUUCUGCUAAAUUAAUAUCCUUCAGGUCCAAACUACUACUGUUUUCUAAUGAUUUAAUUAUAACAGAUAAAUUUACAAUAAUCUGCAAAAUAUAAGAAUAUAAUUAAUAGAAGAAAUAAUUAUUUAUUAUAUAUAAAAAAUAUUAAGAAAAAAAAAAAAAUUAUAAUUACUAAUCCAAUCACUGAAGCACGUAAUAAAAUUAUUUUUAUGUCCAAAGAGCCAAGUCUGGGAUUAAUUUCUCUGCCUUGCCAGAAAUUAUAUAUAAUACUAUUAGUUGAUGCGCAUAUAUUAAGACAUGCAACAGGUGCUUUAUUUGCUUUAAUAUAUAAGAAUAUAGCUAUAAUUGUUCCAAGAAUCCAUCCACUAGUACUCAAUUGUAAAGAAUUUUCUAAAAUAAAGUCAUGAAGUUUUAAUUUUUUAUAUACACA